CCGUUCGUCUCCGUCAUGCCUAUGGGCUGGUCGUGGGCCCUCCACUUCUGCCAGUCCGCCCUGACCACGGCCAUCCUCGACUCGGGAAUCGACGAGAGCUCCAUGCUGGUGGGCGGCGCUGCCAUCCCUCCGCUGCGGAAGGACUCCGACGUCAUCGGCGCGGGCUACGUAGACAACUUCGCCACCGUGUCUCUCGACCCUGAUGUGGCCACGACGGCCUGCCAGGCCAUGCGCGACGUGCUCGUGUCGAGGGGUCUGCCCGUCGACGAGGUUGCCCCCGCGGCCAAGCGCGUGGUCUUCACUGGCUUGGACAUCCUCGGCGACGUCGGCAUCGUCCGCUGUAAGAUCGACAGGCUCUGCCGGUUGCGUCAAGCCCGUCUUGGUCUACUUAGGCGUGGCUUUGCAUCGCCUCUGGCCUUGUCAGCAGUGGUGGGUCACUGUACUUGGGGUAUGAUCACCAAUAGACCCAUGCUGUCGAUCUUCAACUCGGUUUACCGCUUCAUGGGCCUGGACUCCCGAGUGGCCGUGCCGCUGUGGCCGUCGGUCAUCGCAGAGUUGCGCGCGUCAGCCGCCCUCAUACUGCUAUGGUGGGCCGACGUCAGAGCAGAGUGGUCGGCGACUACCUUCUGCAGCGACGCCUCCCCCUACGGCAUCGGGGUCUGCCGCAAGACCGUCGACCAGGAGGUCGCCGCGGCCGCUGUUCGCUUGUCUGAGAGAUGGCGCUAUCGGUUCUCCGACGCCGUGCACGCCCGUGCGCACGCUCUCGGGAUCGAGCCUCGCAUUGCGUUAGAAGCUACCGUGGACAAAAAUUGUCUCAAAGAAUGCAGCCACAGUCCGAGGUUCGGCUUGGACAUUAUGCGAUACGAGGCGGAGGCUCUCGGGUUUGCGAUGCGACACUCGGCUCGGUCUGGACGGCUUCGUCAUCAUCGCAUCUUGUUCACCGUCGACAAUUUGGCUCUAGCACUUGCCGCUGGCAAGGGCCGCUCUGGCGCCCGAGGCCUUCGCGACCCUCUACGCCGUCUCUGCGCCCUGUCGGCGGCCUCGGGCAUCCGCCACGCCAUUCAGUGGAUCCCCAGCGAGAGCAAUGCCGCGGACUCGCCGUCCAGGACCAGGACCCAUCCUGGGCCAGUGCUGCUCGCCCGAGGGGCCCUGUCGGUGCUGGAGUCAGCCGCCGUGUCGGACACGACCAUGGCCAACUACUGGGGCGCCGCCAAGAAGUUCGAGGAGCGGUGCCGCUGGACGUCCCAGACGUUCUCCACGGCAGCGGAGGUCGAUGUCAUCCUAGUUACCUACUUCGUGAACCUCUUUCUGGACGGCUUCGACAGUGCCACGGGCCGUGUACUCAUGGCCUCUCUGAAGCACUACUUGCCCGCGAUCCUCGUUGGCAGGGCUCCGUGCCCACGGGCGGCUCGCGCCUUGACAGGCUGGCGGAAGCUCGUACCCCCACAUAUGCGACUCCCUCUACCUCGAGCGGCGAUGGCGUCCAUCGUGGGCGCCCUGAUCUCGUGGAAGCUCUUCGGCAUGGCUGUGUUCAUCAGGCUGAUGGUCGACACCUACCUGAGGCCAAGCGAGGCACACCGCCUCACGGCGGGGAGCGUGAUACGACCUCGACCCGACGACGCCCUGGGAUACGGCCACUGGGCCCUGAUCGUCAACGACGCCUGCUUCGACCGCCCUGGCAAGACAGGCGAGAUGGACGAGAGCGCGAUCGUCGACAACCCGACCGUCUGGCCGCUCCUGGAGGCCCUGGUGCACGGCAAGGGUCCGAUCGACGGCCUUUGGACCUUCGCCCCAGACGAGGUGCGGAGCAUGUUCCGUCGAGCGGCAGUUGCCCUCGGCCUGGAGAUCGAGUUGACUCUCUACUCGCUUCGUCAUGGGGGUGCGUCCGACGACCUGCUGUCGCUCAGGCGCACGAGGAAGGAGGUCAAGGACCGCGGCCGUUGGAGGACGGACCAGAGCCUCCUCCGCUACGCGAAGCGGGCCCGCAUGCAGCAGCGGAUCGCCAACCUAGGCCAGAACAUCGUCGAAUUCGGAGAGCAGGUGGACAGGCAGAUGAACGACCUCAUCAUCCAGACCACGGCCUCGGGCGUCUUCCCGCUGCAGGUGCCGCUGGCCGUGACGCGGGCUUUUACGCGAAGCAGGUACUGCCCUGCGUUGGUGCUCGGCAGCGACGGUGGUGCGGCCCGCGCCUUGCAGCGGUUGGGCUUCGGCGUCGUGCACCUCGACCCGAGUCGCCACGCGGGCGACGACAUCACCGAUCCCGCA